AUGGAAGGGGAUGAUAUUACAGCACUGAUAGGGAUGAUUAUAUUACAAAUAUGUUAUGCUGGUAUUAACAUCAUCUCUAAGCUUGCUAUGCAAUCUGGAAUGAACCCUCUUGUUCUUCUCACUUAUAGACAGAUUUUUGGCACUUUGGCCAUUGCUCCUUUUGCCUUUCUUACUGAAAGGAAAACAAGGCCAAAGAUCACUUUUGCAGUUUUGUUUCAAAUCUUUGUGUGUUCCUUAUCAGGAGCAACAGGGAAUCAGAUAUUCUUCUUUGUUGGGUUAAAGUACACAAACCCAACAAUUUCAAGUGCUAUGGCCAAUGUUCUUCCAGCUGCUACUUUUAUUCUUGCUGUUCUCUUCAGACAAGAGAGUGUGAGAAUCAAGACCAAAUCUGGUUUUGCAAAGGUAAUAGGGACAAUUGUGUGUGUAAGUGGGGCAAUGCUACUGUCUUUCUACCAUGGACACACCAUCGACUUAGGUGAAUCAAGAAUUCAUUGGUCAUAUGUUGAGAGAUUGAUCAAGGAAACAACCCCAACGAAUGGUCAAGGAAAGCACGUACUCGGUUCGAUUUUGUUGCUUUUGAGUUCUUUUUCAUGGGCAUUAUGGUUUGUCAUCCAAGCAAGAUUGAGUGUCAAGUUCAAAGCUCCCUAUACAAGUACUGCAUUGUUGUGCUUCAUGGCCUUUUUUCAAUGUGGACUUAUAGCUGUGAUUUCAGAGCACAAUAUUGCUGCUUGGUCUUUGAAAAGUUCAAUCCGACUCGUCGCAGCUCUUUACGCAGGAGUUGUGUGUUCUGCAUUGACAUUUAGUAUCACUUCAUGGACUAUACAAAGGAAAGGCCCUCUCUAUGUCUCCAUUUUCUCCCCUUUAUUGCUUAUCAUUGUGGCCAUAAUCAGUUGGGCUCUCCUCCAUCAACAACUCCACGCUGGAACUGUUAUUGGCUCUGUUUUGAUAAUCACUGGGCUUUAUGCUGUGCUAUGGGGAAAAUCCAAAGAGAUGAAAGUAGAAGAUGCUCAACACAACAUGGAAAAGCCAACAAUAGAAAAGCAUAAUGGAAGUCAUAUUAUUGAAGAGAAGGAUGAUUUUGAAUUGCAAAUCACAAACAUCAAGUAAAUGUGGAGAGGAAAAUGAUCAAAGAAAAUCAAAUGAUGUGGAAAGAUUUAUAUAUAUUCAUCCC